AUGUGUCGCCACGUCUACAAAUACUACACGGCCUGCGGCUGCGUCCUCAACGCCCUGUUCUACCACAAGUGUGCCCACGGCUCGGCCUCGCCCCUCUGCAAGGAGGAAGACGGCAUCGUCACUCGUGAAGGCGAGACGUGCCCCUACCACACCCGCGUCGCCCGCCGCCAAGCCCGCAGUCGCCGCCGAACCAACAAAGGAGGAGGAUCUCAAGACUCGGAGAAGAAAAUCCGCACGUCCAUCGAGAAUCCCGCCACCUUCACCGGCGCAGGCAAGAAUAGCACCCCCACGAAGCUUGAGGACCGUCACAAGCUAGGCGACUUCAACGUCUUCAUCAAAGACAUUGACACAUUCCUGAAGAAACUCGCAGAGCGUGAGAAUGGUAUUCACACCAAGUCUCAGACCGAGACCCAGACUGAGCCCCAGUCUCAGCUUGCGCAAAAGUCGAAGAAGCAAGAGGACUGGACCGACGACGACGAGAAUGAUAACGCCAUCGCCCGGCGCAAGAGGCGCGACCGCCUUAAGAAGGAGUUCCGCGCCCUCGUCCGCGAAAAUGAGAAGAACAAAGAGCUCUUCGACGCGAGCGACGUCUUCAUGAGCUCCGACUGUGGCGAUGACGACGACGCCUCCGACAGCAGCAGCGAGUCGGACCCCGGCGAUGCGUAUCCUUCGCCGAUGAGCAUGAGCCCGCACCCUGGCAAUUAUGGCGACGUCUCCGAGGGCGACGAGUCGUCGGAUGCGGGUGAUGGUCGCCCUUCGUCAUCGAGCCUGCACCCUGACCAUGGACAUGUCAGCGACCUCUCUGAGACCAGCAACGAUUCGAACCAUGGUAAUACGCAGUCCUCGAUUUCAGGCUCGGUUCAUCACAGUGAACCCCUUCCGGCGUUUCUCUCGUGGGACAGGCUUCCCGAGAACUCUGAGGACAUGAAGGCGGACGAAGAGAUUGAGUAUGAGGCUGAAGAUGAGCCUGACUAUGACAGUCACGACUCGGAUAUGCCCGAUGCCGAUAAGGACGAUGAAGACUACGUUCCGGAGCCUACCUGGCCUCCCACUGGUGUUGAGUGGACCUCCAAGCUCAAGUACAUGACUGGAAUCCCCCGUCGCAACUAUCGAUGA